GUGGUGGUGACCGAUGGCGGGGACCGCUCCGUGAAGGCCUUUGAUUUUGAGGGAAGAGGGGUCCUGGCUGUCCGGGAAGGUUUUGGUUUGCCAUGGGGCUUGGAUGCCACCUCUGAGAGUGAAGUAAUUCUGACUGAUGCAGAGGCAGGUGCUCUCUACCGCUUGACGGCUGACUUCAAGAUGGGGAAAUUAAAGAAGUGUCAGAUAAUCUGGUCUCAGCUCAUCAGCCCAAGAGGGGUCGCAGUCUCCAAAACCUCGGGUGCUAUCGUGGUGAUAGAGCACCUGAAAGCUCAAGGACUGAACAACAGCAGCAGCCGAGUGAAGAUAUUCAGCGCAGAGAUGGAUCUCGUCGGCCAGAUGGAUAGCUUUGGUCUGAACCUUGUUUUCCCCUCCAAAAUACAUACCACGGCUGUGGCCUUUGAUAGAGAGGGUCGCGUUAUAGUAACGGAUGUCUGUAGCCAGGCUGUGAUAUGCUUAGGCAAACCUGAGGAGUUUCCCAUCUUUAACCCUCUGAUUAGCCAUGGGCUUUCUUACCCUAUAGGACUGACAUACAUGGCAAACAAUUCCCUUGUUGUUUUAGACAGCGGCGAUCAUUCAGUAAAAAUAUAUAGCUCCACCUGA